AUUUUUUAUAUAGAAAACAAAUAUGUUUUUUACUAUUUAUGUGGGAUCAAAAGAACUACAUAGAUGUGUCAAAAUUAUAUAAAGCACUGGAUUUUUUAUUGACCACGAUGCCGGAAAUAAUGUGUUCCAACCGUCUUGACUCCGGUGUUAGUUACUACUUUAUUAUUUCCUGUUUGAGGUGCUAACGGGACACAUUCUCGAUGUACACAUGAUUCAUUGAUUAUGGCAUUAUCUGAGUCCCAAAUACCACCUGACGCCCAGCAUUAUUUGGUGUGUGCCACUGAAGACUGUAAGAAGAACUGUCAGUUUUACUGCAAUGAGUGUCACCAACCAAUGUGUGAACAAUGCAGAGAUGAACAUCAGAAGUAUAAGAAAACCCAGAAUCAUGAAGUUGUCUCUUAUAAGUUACGCAAACGUCAACUUCCUGUAGAAAAAUGCAAGAUCCACCCCACAAAAGAAAUAGAUCUUCUCUGUGGGGAAUGCCAAAUUCCCAUUUGUUCUAAAUGCACAGGCACCAAAGAACACCGCGGCCAUUGGUUUACCAACCUAGAAAUAGUCUUUGCCGAAAAGGUUUCGAUUUAUAACAAAGAAAUUGCCACCAUUAGAAGCUAUUUUGAGCCUACUUCUCAGGAUCUGAAAAGGGAAAUUGCAGGAGAUGUCACAGAGAUAAAGAAGAUCAUGGAGGGUAUAAGAACGUCCAUGAAAGCUGAAGCUGAGUCUGUGAAAAAGCUGGUAGACACAGUCACAUCAGAUAAAAUAGAACAAGUCGACAAAAUAGAACAGUCAUUAUUGAAAACAUUAAACAGUCAAAACCAAAGAAUGGAUGAUUACAUCAACUAUCUCAAUGAUUUAAUCCAAAUAUAUUAUGGUUACCUAUCUCCCUCAAACAUAGAACAAUUAACAUUUGCCCUCAAAUCAGAAAACUUGGUCAUUAGACCCAUACCAGAGACAUCCAAACCAGUCCCACCCAUAUUUACUGUUGGUCAAUACAGCAAGGAAGAUGUCGCCAAACUACUAGGUAAAAUAACUGUUCCUAACACUAAACCAGAGAACAGAAAAAUAAAACCCAUGGAGACUGCCUCUACACAGUUGAAACCUACAGGGAAACAGAGGAAACAAGACCGAGAGAAAUCUGACGUGAAACAAACACUGUCUCUGUCUUCCUCUGUCACCAAGGUCAGGGAGUACAAAGUACCAGGCGUUGACGGUGUAUUUCAUAUAUCACUGGGUAAAUCAGGCAGACUCUGGGUCAGUGAUGUGUAUGGUAACCUUGUCCAAACAGAUCUACAGGGGAAUCAGCUACAGAAGAUACAAACCAGUGGUGGAUCUGACGGCUACCACACAGUGACACAGGACGGGGAUCUGAUCUAUACAGACAUACACAACAAAGUCAUCAAUAGGAUAACACCGGAUAAUACAAUCACUGAAUUCAUAAAAACAGGAGACUGGAGACCACUCAGUAUACACUCCUCCCAAAUCAACGGGGACAUACUGGUGGGGAUGAAGACAGAUGAAGAGGGUAAAGUCACCAGGUACAACAAGACAGGGACAGAAAUACAGAACAUACAGAGAGACAACAAAGGACAGCCACCGUACAAGUAUCCACACUACAUCACAGAAAACAUCAAUGGUGAUGUCUGUGUAUCAGACAUUGACAAACAUGCUGUAGUGGUGGUGGAUAAAUCAGGACAACACAGGUUCUCCUACACAGGUCAGAGGUCAAGGCUUGAUCCCUUUGGAAUAUGUACUGAUGUACUCGGUCACAUCCUGGUGUGUGAUGAAAUCAGUGAAAAAGCUCAUCUCCUGAAUCGGGACGGUCAGUUCUUGUCUCUACUACUCACACCACAACAAGGGGUAGAGUAUCCAUAUAGUGUGUGUGUGGAUGAUGAGAACAAUCUCUGGGUGGGAGAAUGGGACACCAACACGGUGACAGUGUACAAGUAUCUACAGUGAACAUUAUAUAUCCAUACCUCUUUUAGGUACUGUGUUUAUGUUACUAUAACAUCAUGUUAGUGCACAAUAAAUGAUAUUUACAUGUACAAUACUUAUUAUAAUUUAUACAAUGACUCAUGUAUCGAUUCGUGGAUUAUUGUUCAUUGCUAGAGAAUUGACGAAUAAAUAUAUAAACUAAUAUAUGUAUAAAGAAUAUUUAUUUUUAGCAAUUAGAAACUGCUUACCGGUAAUUCAAUCUAAACAAAAGCUUUAAUUGUUUUCAAACGUUUUCCAAUAAUAUCCAAUGGACUCAACAUGAGAUGACAAUAAAAAGUAAACACUUGUAGAAAAAUGUGAAUUUAUUUUGAGGUAAAAUUCUCAUUUGAACAAAUCUGUCUUUAAACGAUGAGAUAAGUAAACUAAAUACAUGACAUUGUAUCAUAUUACUAUAGAAAAGGGGGGAGGGUGUUUACACAAAUUCUGUAAGUACUGGGGUUUUCCUACUGUGGGGUAAAAUUACCAUGUCUGUUGAUUUCAACUAAGCUUCAGUAGUAUACAAGAUGGACAUCAUCGUUUGCAGAACAAAAUUGUACAAUCAUUCGUUUAUGAAAUAGAAAAAUUGAUGGAUUGAUAAAACCACUAGGUGGAGUUGGUGGCGGAAGGAGUUUUCCAUCAGAAUUCUAAUUGCUGGUGCACUAAUACUUAUAUGAAAUCUCAGACGUUUGUGAAGUCAAAGAGAAAUGAUAUAUUACCUAUAACUGUACCGAUUAUUACCCCAAUAGUAUAAAAAUCAAAAAUGAUUUGCAUUCAACCUCUCGAGUAACGUUUUUGACAACCUUGUACAUUGGGCUCAGUAAAUGCUUUUCUAUAUACAUGGUUGCUUGGUAGAAAGAAAUAUCAGGAUUUGCAAGUUUUGUAUUUUCUACAAUUAUAGCACCAUAUGAAACAUAUAUGAACAUCUACAACUUCUAAUAUCCUCUUUGUAUACAUUUGAAACAUAUAUAAGUAACCAUAUAAAAGCUAAUAUUGUGACAGGCAAUAUUUAAUAAAUUUGUAUAUGCUACAGUAUGAAAAGAAAUGAUUUAUAUCCAAUUCAUUUUGGUUGAUGGUUAAUAAAAUAAAGCAAAGGAUGUGAAUCAAUAGAAAUCAUUAUAUUACGAUGCAAUAUAUAGGUAUAUCAGAUCAAUUGACGCUGGUCAAUGUAUCCAUGGAAAAAAACCUUAAUGUAUUAUGCCCUAUAUUAACUUGCCACUUACUCCUUUAUCAAACCAUAUCUUAUCACCAGUAAAAGAUUAAAAAAUCCAAUUUUCUUGGUUUUUGCAUAAAGUCUGCCCAUGUUUCAGAAAAAGGGGUGGAGGUAAAUAUCUUAUAGCUCCCAGACCAGCCUUUAGUUCUAAUAUCCAGAUUUCUUUUUCAAAGGGGGGGGUGGAUUUAGAACAGAGAUUAAAUUACACUAAAAUAGAAAUUUUGUUCCGAUAAUUCGCGACAUUCGAUUUUGUUAAAGAUGUUGAAAAUGAAAUAGAAAAGACCACACAACUUGACUCCAAUGUAUAAUUUGACAAAUUUGAUCUUCAGCAGUGCAACAUCACAAAGGUUAUUAUAAAUGAGCAUUAUAUGUGAGGAAACAAGAGACUUAUUACACAACAUGGCAGAAACACA